AUGCUCAACGAGUCGCCGAGCACGUCGGCGCCGAUGCCGCCGCCGCCGCAACGACAAUAUCGUACGCGUCCGAGGAUCAUGAUGUCGUCGCAUGUGCUCCGACGACGCUCGCCGACACCCGAUCGCCUAUUGAACUCGAACGCGAAGAGCUCGGUGUACAAUCGAAUCGACGAGGCGAUUCAGCUCGACGUUCGAUCGAUACUCAAUCUCAUGGAGGCCGAGGAGAUCUACAAAUCGAACUAUCACUAUUUCACCGCGAUUCAGGAGCACAUCACGCCGUAUCAUCGCGAAGAAGCCAUCGAUUGGAUCUAUGAUAUUUCGAGGGAGGAGCGUUGCGACGGCGACGUUCUUCCGUUGGCCGUCUCGAUUAUGGAUCGAUUUCUGUCAUUCCAGAAUAUUUUCAAGCACGACGUUCAGAUGCUCGCCGGCGUGUGCCUAUUCAUCGCCAGCAAACUGAAAGCGCCGCAUCCGAUGAACGCGUCGAAAAUCUCGUACUAUUCGGAGGACACGUGCAAAAUCGCCGACAUUCUCAGUUGGGAGCUGAUGGUGAUCACGACGCUCGAUUGGGAGACGGAAGCGCCGACGGCGUUCGACUUCUACGAUCAGCUCAUCGCGCGUUUGCCGAUCGUCUCGACGCUUCGCGACAAUUUCCAGGAGACGGUGCAUCGAAUGCAAAAAAACCACAAAUUGGCCUCGUUGUUCCCGUCGAUGCAGUGCGCGAUUGCGUUGUCGUACGUCGCCGACACGGCGUGCUCGGAUAUCCUGCUCGCCAGCUCGACGAAAUCGCUGCUCGCCGCCAUUUUCCAACUGCAAUCGGGUCUCGUUGAGAGCUACUACGGAAUGGUGAAGCGAUGUUUGAGCGGCGAGCGCGUCUACUCGCUUCCCGAGAACAUCAACACCACGCUGUUUGCGCCGACGUCGCAGAAUGUGUCGAUGGCGCCGUUCGCGCCGUUCGCCCCACCGUCGUCGUCGGAAACGCUGACGCCGCCGCCGCCGAUGGUGAUGGUGGAGGCGGCCGUCGCCGCCACACCGUUGACGCCGCUCAACGACUCGGGGUUCUCGUCGGACGUCUCGUCGCCGGAAUCCGCCGGUAAACGCAAAUCGCGAUUCAGCGAUGAUGAUGUGACGCCGCCGAAAAUGUGCCGCCUGAAAUAA